CUAGUGCUGGUUGCCGCCGCCUGCAUCCUCCUCUGAGCCCAAACCCUGGCCAAGGCGAACUGCUGCUGCACCCGGCUGGAAAUUAAUGUUUUGUCCUAUUUUUGCACAUUUCCAAGUAAUGUAGAAUGGCGGCGGCUUUCGGGAAGAUAGUCGUCGGUACAUAUGUUGAGAUAAAGCGCAGCGAUGGACGUAUACAUCAGGCAAUGGUGACCUCGCUCAAUGAGGACAAUGAGAGCGUCACUGUGGAGUGGAUCGAAAAUGGAGACACAAAAGGGAAAGAGAUUGAUUUGGAAAGCAUAUUUGCACUUAAUCCUGAUGUAGCACCAGAGGAGGAGAUCUCCCCUAGCCCUGAAACUCCUCCGCCACCGACACCCACUGGUGUUAAAUCGAGCAGAAUCGCAAAGAACCGACGCACAAUAGCACCCAGUAAAAGUGAGACACCGUCCAGAGAUAACAGAGUGCUUCCCACUCGGGGCCGACCUCUGCAGCCUCAGCAGCCUGAACCAGCCCCACCUCCUCCCUCUCAGCAGCCUGCUCAGCCCACUCAAGCUCAGACUCAACAACAGUUACAGAAUGCAAGGAGAAAGUCUAAUUGUGUGAAGGAGGUGGAGAAACUGCAAGAGAAGAGAGAGAGACGACGACUUCAGCAACAAGAGCUGAGAGAGAAGAGGGCGCAGGAAGUGGACACUACCAUUCCCAACUAUGAGAUUAUGUACAUGAUCAGAGAUUUCAGAGCCAGUUUAGACUACCGACCUUUGACAACAGCAGACUUGAUUGAGGAGCAUAGGAUCUGUGUUUGUGUGAGGAAGCGUCCACUGAACAAAAAAGAGUUGUCCAUGAAGGACUUGGAUGUAAUCACUAUUCCCAGUAAGGAUGUGGUGAUGGUACAUGAACCCAAACAGAAAGUGGACCUGACGCGUUACCUGGAAAACCAAACAUUUCGCUUUGACUAUGCGUUUGACGAUAGCUCCACUAAUGAGAUGGUUUACAGGUUCACUGCCAGACCCUUAGUAGAGACUAUUUUUGAGAGGGGGAUGGCCACCUGCUUUGCCUAUGGACAGACAGGCAGUGGAAAAACACAUACUAUGGGUGGAGACUUUUCCGGUAAAAAUCAAGACUGUUCUAAAGGAAUCUAUGCCCUUGCUGCUCGGGAUGUAUUUCUCAUGUUGAAGAAACCCAAUUACAAGAAGUUAGAUUUACAAGUUUAUUCCACGUUCUUUGAAAUCUACAGUGGGAAGGUAUUUGAUCUGCUGAAUCGAAAAGCCAAACUGAGGGUGCUGGAGGACGGUAAACAACAAGUGCAAGUCGUUGGGCUCCAGGAGAAAGAAGUGAAAUGCACAGAGGAUGUCCUAAAACUUAUCGAAGUGGGCAACAGCUGUAGAACGUCUGGGCAGACAUCAGCCAACGCCCACUCGUCUCGCAGCCACGCUGUGUUCCAGAUUAUUCUCAGGAGAAAGGGCAAAAUGCAUGGAAAGUUUUCUCUCAUUGAUCUGGCUGGAAAUGAGAGGGGUGCAGACACAUCCAGUGCUGAUCGUCAGACGCGUUUAGAGGGAGCAGAGAUCAACAAAAGCCUGCUUGCUUUAAAGGAAUGUAUCCGAGCCCUGGGGCGUAACAAACCACACACUCCCUUUAGAGCCAGCAAACUCACCCAGGUCCUCCGUGACUCAUUCAUUGGGGAGAAUUCUCGCACCUGCAUGAUUGCCACCAUCUCUCCUGGAAUGACUUCCUGUGAGAACACAUUGAACACACUACGUUAUGCCAACAGAGUGAAAGAGUUUGGGAUUAGUCCAUCAGACAUCCCCUUCUCCCAGGGCGGGCAGGGGAACCGUCCCGACCUCUCACCAACCAAUACCUAUGAGUAUGACGACUUUGCUGCUGUAUCUCCCAGCAGGGUCAAGGAGCUCACGGUGGACCCUAACCAGGUGAUGGUGGAAGGGGGUCGGCCCAACAUCCAUACUGUUAAUCAGCUGGACCUGGAUGAGGAGUGGAUGGGCCUUUCUCCACAGAGGGAUGACCUCAAGCUGCUCUGUGAACAGAAUGAGGAGGAGGUGUCCCCUCAGCUCUUGACGUUCCACGAGGCUGUGUCUCAGUUAGUGGAGAUGGAGGAGCAGGUUCUUGAAGACCACCGAGCUGUUUUUCAGGAGUCCAUUCGGUGGUUAGAAGAUGAAAAAGUGCUGCUAGAGAUGACCGAAGAGGUGGACUAUGAUGUGGAGUCUUACGCCACUCAACUUGAACAGAUCCUGGACCAGAAGAUAGAUAUCCUCACGGAGCUCAGAGACAAAGUGAAGUCAUUCCGCUCUGCCCUUCAAGAGGAGGAGCAAGCUAGUAAGCAGAUCAACCCCAAGAGGCCGCGAGCUCUUUAGAGACAGAAGUGACAUGAAAACAUAACCACUAGCUGUUGGAC